CAGCUGAUUUUUGUUUCUGUGGGCGAGGAAGCAGCGACAAGGCGGGGAGGACGGCGGCCUGAGGGGCCCAUGAAGGCUGGGGGCGAUGUGGGCGCCGUGCGUCUGGGUUCCGGCGGCGCAGGCGGCGCUGUGCCUGGGCCUCUUCGCCUUCGCCUACUGGCAGCUGUGGCUGCUGCUCUGCCGGCGGAGCCAGGCGCGGAGGCUGAGCUGCCGGAGCGCGGCGCUCUUCGUGGGCUUGCUCUGGGCCGCCCUCCGCGCCCUCCGCUGCGCCUUCGCCCUCGCCCGCCUCCCGCCCACGCCCCGCUGGCUGCUUCUGGGCCCCGCGCCGGCCUCGCUGCUCUUCGCCUCCCUCGCCCUCCUCAACCUCUACUUCGCCCAGGUCAUCUUCAAAGUCAAGUGUGCUGCUGAAUUCAACAGAUACAAGGCACUCUUGUACAUGGGCUCCAUAUUCACCACCCUCCUCUUCAUCUUUGUGAACUUGACGUGCGCCUUGUUAGCACGCGACGAUGUGCCAGAAGAUCAGCUAAGGUGGACCAUUUUCACCUGGGCCUUGAUCAAUGACAGCCUUUUCAUCCUCUCUACCAUCCUGCUUGCUUGCUGCAUGUGCAAACUGUCCAAAAUGUCUUCUGCAAAUGUUUACCUCGAGUCCAAGGGCACAUCUGUUUGCCAAGCUCUCCUCGUCGGUUCGGUCGUCAUCCUCCUGUACACUUCAAGGGCGUUUUACAACUUGGUGGCAGUAGCUGUUUCUCCGGAGCAUGUGCCCAGUCCCUUCAACUAUGGCUGGGACAGCCUUUCAGAUAAGGUUCGAGGGGAAGACGUCACCAGCGAAGAGUACGUGGUCUUUGGGGUGGUGCUUUUCCUCUGGGAGUUUGUCCCAACCGUAUUUGUGGUCCUGUUUUUCAGAGCACAGCGACUGACGCAGAAUUUGGCACCUGCUGGAAUGGUCAACAGCCACAGUUACAGUUCCCGAGCCUACUUCUUUGACAAUCCAAGACGGUAUGACAGCGACGAUGACCUGCCCAGGCUUGGCGGAGGAAGCUUGACUACUCCCCAGAGCUCUGGGUGGUAUGGGUCUUUGACGGGGAGUGAUAGCUGCGCCUUGAUCCCUCCCUCGGUUGCACCUUCCAUGGACAUUGCUCCACUGCUCUUUACUCAUGGAAGCCUGGAGUCAAGAAAUCACCACAGCUCACACCUAACACUACAGAACUGACCUAGGAGCAGCUCUGGGAAGGAAUGGGACUCCCUACAGGAUCCCCCAACAUCUUGCGGUUCCCAUUGGUUUUAUAACAUGGGAAAGGAACAGUAAGAGACUCUGCACUUUGGACCAAAAGACCAACACCUCGCCAUGUGGUUCCUGCAAUGACAGAAGUGUUGAAGUCCUAGCGGCUUCCAGGAGCAUUUUAUGUCAGUUGGUCAUGCCCUUCCGGAUGUUCAAUGACUGUUGGAUGGAUGGAUACUUGCACUUUUAACCAAAUGUUUCCAAAGGAAUGGUUCUCCUCCUUCCCCAUCUGGUGUUUCUCCUUCUUCUCCAACAGCAUGAGAUAACUAUUCUGGGUAACCUUUCUUCCGGCUGCACAUCUGUAGCUGCAGAAUUCAUUUAGUCUUCCUGCAAUUACUGGAGCCUUUCUACAUAUUUAACUAUUGGAGCGAGAGAGAGUCUUGUUUGCAUCCAAGCUCUUUAGAGUUUGUACGUUACCUUUAAAAAUAAUAAUAUGGGGGACCAUAACAAGAAAUGUCAGUGGGUGGUGUGGCACAUUUCCAAGAGUACCAUAAGUUGAAAUUUACUAUUUACUAUUUGUUCCUUUAUCCUGGGACUACCAAAGUGAAAACCCCAUGUUGCAUGAGCCAUGAUUUCCCUAGUGACUGACUGGCUUCAGUGGUUUCAUUUUCAAAACAGUAACUUGGUUCACAUGGCAGAAAGCAGAGGUGGCAAACUGUAGUGUUUUUAUGGACAGGAUGGCUCUGUGAAGACUAGCUGCAUAUUUGCCUUGGCAAUAGUGUAGCCACUGGGUAUAGACACUUAUACGAGGGUUUUUUACCUCUUUAUCAGCUGCUUCCAGGAUGUAAUGAAGGUGCUUGUAUUGGCUUAGGAACCAGAGAGAAGCAAACCACUCCUGGAUUGUUUGGUGACCUCUCUAAAGGGUGCCACUCUCUCCACCUAAGAAGGCCAGCUGUGUGCAACAUGAUUUAAGUAACACUCUUAUCAAGAAGGUAGGACCAAGCUCCCUUUCACACAGCACUAUAGCACUUUGAUCUCCCUUUCAAGAACAUUUUGUGGAUUUCUGGAAUUUGUAGCUUGGUGGGAGAACUAGAAUUCUAGUACAGGGAAGGAGCAUUGCAGGCUCCUAAGGGACCAUUACUGUGCUAUAAUUGUGUAGUUUGAAAGAGACCCACGACAAUGGAGGUAAACACUGCCAUAGAGGUAUUGCUUGAAAGCUAACUGUUCAGAGCCAGGUCUGGCAGAAAGAUCAAGAGUUAUAGUUUUUGUGGGGUUUUCAGGCUAUGAGGCCAUGUUCUAGAAGAGUUUAUUCCUGACGUUUCACUAGCAGCUGUGGCUGGCAUCUUCAAAGAAUGCUGGCAUGGAAGAA